CACCUACACCUACGCCUACGCCUACGAGGAUUUUAUUUAAUUCUCUUUGUGUUUGUGUGUUAUUUUUUUCUCAUUUUCGAGCGGCCGAUUAAUGCGCGGAGUUUCGAAUUUUUCUACGUCCUCGUUGUUGCGCGAGACGAGGCGAUAUACGGCACCGAGCAUCUGGUUCCAGGAUAAUUCGACCGAUUGAUCGGCGCGAGGCAGCGAGAGAAUCAUCCGCCUUUUUUUUGUUUGGUUUUGCGGAUUGAGUGAUUCGCUUUUCUCUUCGUUGGUCGCGGGAGGUUGGAUUGGAGAGGAGGUCCAUUUUUAGGGCGGUGGCGGCGCGAUCGAUCCGGGAUUGGGAGAGGCAUUUCUAGGGCGGGGGGAGCGGCAGCGGGCGAGACCCACCACCAACGACCUCGCGACCGCGCCUGCGUCGCCGCGCGCGCGUGUGGAGGAGGAGGAGGAGGAGGAUGGCGGGGAGCAUGCAGGCCGCGGAGGCGGCGGGGCGGAUCAGCGCGCUGCUGUCGCUGCUCGCGCUGCGGCGGCUCAUCGCCUUGCUCCAGCCGCUCGCCCUGCUCCUGCUCCUGCCCUUCCGGUGGCGCGGCGCGCGCCCCGGCGCCGCCGCCGCGGCGGCGGCGGCGGCGGCGGACGCCGUGGCCGCCUCGGUCGCGUCGGGCGGGAAGAAGGGGAAGGCCGCCGUCGUGCUGCGGGUCCCCGCCGGGUCGCCGAUCGUCGCCGCGAGGCGCCAGGCGUCGGCCCGCCGGGAGAUCGCCGCGCGGCGGGCGCGCGAGGCCGGCCGCGAGUACGAGCUCAUCCCCACCCACCGCGGCGAGACGCUGUUCACGCAGUGCUGGUGGCCUCACGGAUCCUCCUCCGCCAUUAAGCCGAGGGCGCUCGUCGUAGUCAUGCACGGGUUGAACGAGCACAGUGGGAGAUACGAUCAUCUAGCUAGGAGGUUGAACGACAUCGGUGUUAAGGUUUAUGGGAUGGACUGGACUGGUCAUGGUGGAAGUGAUGGUCUUCAUGGUUACGUGCAAUCUCUUGACCAUGCUGUCAGUGACUUGAAAAUGUAUCUCAAGAAAAUUUUAGCUGAAAACCCUGGUCUUCCAUGCUUCUGUUUUGGCCACUCAACUGGUGGAGGCAUCAUUUUGAAGGCUAUGCUUGAUCCAGAGGUAGAUUCUUGUGUUGAGGGCAUCUUCCUGACAUCACCAGCUGUUCGUGUUCAGCCUGCCCAUCCAAUCAUAAAGGUCAUGGCCCCUGUGUUUGCCCUCAUAGCCCCAAGAUACCAGUUCACGGCUUCACACAGGAACGGGCCACCGGUAUCACGUGACCCGGAAGCCCUGAAGGCUAAAUAUUCAGACCAGCUUGUGUUCACCGGUUCCAUCCGAGUUAGAACAGGGUACGAGAUCCUACGCCUGACGUCGUAUUUGCAACAGCACUUGCACAGAAUCACUGUCCCGAUGCUGGUGAUGCAUGGUGCCGAUGAUAUGGUGACCGAUCCCCAAGGAUCACAGAAACUGUACGAAGAAGCUUCAUCCUCGGACAAGUCCCUCAAUCUGUACAACGGUCUGCUUCAUGAUCUGCUCAUCGAGCCCGAGAAGGAGAAGAUCAUGGACAACAUUGUGGAUUGGCUGAGCCCGAGGAUUUGACAGCUGAUAUCCAUUCAUAGGACGCAGUCUGAUCGUCCGCGGAGCGCGGGGGCAGGAUGAGCAUCCCGGCCUCCCGAUGGUGAUGACGCGGUCUUUGAUCAUCUGCAGAGCCGAGGAGGGCGAGCGUUGCUGCAAGCCUGCGAUGCUGCUGGCCUCCCGGCGUUGGUAACAUCAUACCACGAGCAUUGCUUCUAUCUAUAUUACGUGUUGCUGUAGUACCAGGCGAUGAUGGGUCGGCUUACUACUGUCGCCUCCCCUUGGUAUCCCGGAAUCCUUUUUGUUUGCAGGGAUACGCCUAUGUAAGAUUGUUCGUUUCGCCCUGUGUGGCUGCAUGUGUGGUGUCCAAUAAUUUAGAUGCCUUUUACCCUCCGAUGAGAGGAGACGUUUUCUGCGUUGCAAUGUAAUCAGAUUUUGCAGCAGAAUAUAUUUGCCUGGAUUGUCUGAUGUGUAAAUAUGUUCUCCUGCGUCA